AUGUAACUCAUACAAAGUUCCUUCCAUUUAUCAGUAGCACGAUUUCUAGAGAUUGUUGGUCAUACUUAACCUUAAAAGUACAUAAUGAAAUGUCAAAUUAAAAAAUUGUGUUUCUAGUAACGCAAUAAAUGCGCCCGCAAAAAGUUGACAUCCGAGCCAUAAUAAGGCUGUGUAGGGUUAGAAGCAGUUAGCAUUUGGAGAAAGGUCAAUUGACAAAAAAUAAGGAAACGAUUAAGCAUUCAUCCUAAAGAUGACGGUUAUGGAUUUUUUUGGUUGUGCUUUCUUGGCUUUUGGACCACCAUUAGCCAUGUUCACAUUUACUAUAGCUAAUGAUCCAAUAAAAAUUAUCAUAUUAAUUGCCAGUGCCUUUUUCUGGCUUAUUUCAUUACUUUUAUCAUCUGUGCUUUGGUAUGCUGUUGUUCCACUUCAAAAUCAUCUUGCAUUUGGAUUAGUAUUUUCUGUAUUAUUCCAAGAAGCUUUCAGGUACCUUUUAUACUGGGUAUUACGUAAAGCUGAAAGAGGUUUAGAAAAAGUAACCACAACACACGUAGCUGAUAGCAGACAUAUAUUUGCAUAUGUUUGUGGCCUAGGCUUCGGUUUUAUGAGUGGAGCUUUUGCUCUGGUCAAUGUUUUAGCAGAUGCAGUUGGUCCUGGAACCAUGGGUAUCAGACAUGGUACAGAAUACUUCUUCAUCGUAUCAGCAUCCACCACUUUGUGCUUCAUUUUACUUCAUACGUUCUGGGGUGUUAUUUUCUUUGCUGCUAUUGAUAGGCAAAAAUGGGGACAAAUUGUAUGGGUUGUAGGAUCACAUUUAUUUGUCUCCUGCAUGACCCUAUUAAAUGUACAACAAUUUUAUGCAAUCAGUCUUUCAUUUGCUUAUAUUGUAUUAGUUAUUAAUGCGGCUUUUGCCUUUAAGGUCGCAGGUGGAAAAAUGCGGAAUAUAGCAAAGUGCUUUAUAAAAAAUUAAGAGCUUAUGUAACGAGCACUUGGCUAAUAAGAUAUAGAUGUAAAGAACAAAUAUUUCAUUUUUUAUAAGAAUAAAAGUCUGGAUAUGAUACAUUUGAUUUCUUAAUAAACAACUAACAAAACGGCUGUUUACAAAAAUGAGUAAAAGUCAAUGAGAGGAAUGGAUAUGGAGUAAAAUGUAAUUCUAUGAUCUCUAGUUACUUAUUAGAUACUUGAAAAAAAAGCAUCGAAAAUCACAGCCAAAUUGUAAAUACACUACUACAUUAAAUUCUUUGAAAAUUUCUGUUUUAAGAACUAUUUUAGAUAAUCGGAUCUAUUUUACUAGGUACGCUCUAGCAUUAAGUUUUUUGGUAAAAUUGCUAGUCCGUCCCUUAAUCCAUUGAGACAAAUGAUAAUGCUGUAGUUAUUGUUCAAACUGCAGUAGAGCAAAGACAAUGCUUUAAUUUAAAAUCUAGUUAUAUGACAUAUUGUACAGCAUAUUCAUUCAAGAAAAUUAAUAUCUAUAAUGUGUAUGAUUGUAUGAAUGUAUGUUUGUGUAUUUAAUAUGUAUGAUAUAAUGAUACAGAUUGCAAAAGUUUGCAAUCUGUUUAAAACAAAACUAUUACUUGAAUAUGAUAUACAAAAGACGCGAUAUAAAUAAGGAAUUGUUCAUUGAUUUUAUAUAUAAGAUAAUUUGUUAAAAAUGCAAUUUAGAUUAUUACUGGAUCAUGUUAUAUAUCGCAUCGUAAUGCAUUUACGACAUGUCAUAUCUCAGUAGUUUAUUAACCCCACUCAUAUUACAUUUCAUAUAUUAUGUGAUUCAAAUAAAAACCAUUUUUGUACAA